UAGUCGGUGCUUUCACUGCUUACUUUGUCAGAAUGUCUUAAAUAAAUGGCCUUUCUUAUUAAUCCUUUCCUUAGAUUCUUCUGCAUUAGCAGCCAACCGAAAAAAAAAAGAGGGGGUUGGUUGGGGUGGAGAGUUUAAUAAUUGGCUUAUAAUUACAUGAAAUUUAGAAGGGAUUGUUUGAGCCAAGAAUCUUAUUUGGAGAGUAAAGAAUGGAGAAGACAGUAAAAAAUGCAAAAUCUUGAAAAAUCCAAUUGAAGUCAAGAUUGGGUAGUUGUGCAAUUUUUCAGCAAAAAGAACAAAAAAAGUCAGGAAUUUGAAGUCUGAAAUCUCAUUUUAGUUCUCUGUUGAGCCCAGAAUCUUGUUUGGAGAGUAAAAAAUGGAGAAUACACUGAAAAAUGAAGAAUCUUUAACACCCAAUUGAUGUCAAGAUUGGUUGCUGUACAAUUAUCAGCCAAAAGAACACAAAAAGUCAAGAAUUUGAAGUUUAACACCUCAUUUUUAGUACUCUGUAGAGGGAAAAAUGGAGGAGACAGUGAAAAAUGGGAUCUUGGUAUUUGCUGUGAAUGGACAAAGAUUUGAGCUGCCUAGUGUUGACCCUUCAACUACUUUGCUUGAGUUCUUGCGCACCGAGACUUGCUUCAAAAGUCCCAAGCUUGGCUGUGGUGAAGGCGGUUGUGGAGCUUGUGUUGUUCUUCUCUCAAAGUAUGAUCCGACGCUUAAACGGGUUGAAGAUUUUAGUGUGAGUUCAUGCCUCACGCUUCUUUGCAGUUUAAAUGGUUGCUCAAUUACUACAAGUGAAGGCCUUGGAAACACCAAGGAUGGUUACCACUCGAUUCAUGAACGGUUUGCGGGUUUUCAUGCUUCUCAAUGUGGAUAUUGCACUCCCGGAAUUUGUAUGUCCUUUUACUCGGCUCUUGUCAAUGCCGAUAAAGCAAACCACACAGAUUCUCCACCAGGAUUCUCUAAGUUGACCGCAUCUGAAGCCGAAAAGGCCAUAGCAGGGAACCUUUGUCGCUGUACUGGAUACCGACCCAUUGCUGAUGCGUGCAAGACAUUUGCGGCAGAUGUUGAUAUAGAGGAUUUGGGGCUCAAUUCUUUUUGGAAAAAGGAAGAUUCUAGGGAUAUAAAAGUGAGUAAGUUACCUCCCUAUGAUCCAAGUGAGAAUUUAACUACAUUUCCUCAAUUCUUGAAAAGUGAAUUCGCCACAUGUUUGGACUCCAGAAGGUAUCCGUGGUACUCUCCGGUUUCUGUCGACGAGCUUCAAUGUUUGUUGAACUCCAAUUUGGCUGAAAAUGAUGCAAGCAUUAAGCUGGUUUCUGGUAACACAGGCACAGGAUAUUACAAGGAAACCCAGCGAUAUGACUGUUAUAUUGAUCUGAGACAUAUCCCUGAACUUUCGAUCAUUGAAUUAGAUCAGACAGGAAUUAAAUUGGGGGCUACUCUCACUAUCUCUAAACUUAUAUCAUUCUUGAAGGAGAAAAACAAAGUCACUUUGAGUUCAUAUGGAAAGCUAGUUAGCAAAAAGCUGGCUCAGCAUAUGGAGAAGAUUGCGUCGCCCUUUGUUAGAAACUCUGCUAGUGUUGGGGGAAAUUUGGUUAUGUCACAGAAGAAUGGUUUUCCUUCAGAUAUUGCUACAUUAUUUCUUGGUUUGGGCGCUACUGUUUGCAUAAUGACCAGUCAAAGACAUGAAAAACUUACGUUCGUGGAGUUCUUAGCGAGGCCGCCACUAGACUCAAGGAGCGUGCUACUUAGUAUUUUAAUUCCAUUUAAAAAGGAUGGAAGUUCUCUUGAAACCUGUUCGAAGUAUUUGUUUGAAACCUAUCGAGCUGCAGCACGACCUCUUGGAAAUGCAUUGGCAUACGUAAAUGCUGCUUUCCUUGCUGAUGUUUCUCCCCACGGUAAUCCGUUCCUGAUUAACAAUAUCCAGUUGGCUUUUGGUGCUUAUGGAACAAAACAAGCAACAAGGGCCAAAAAAGUAGAAGAAUAUCUAACUGGGAAGAUAUUAAACGUUAAUGUGUUAUCCGAAGCACUUAAAUUAGUCAAACAAGCAGUGGUACCCGAAGAUGGAACUUCACACCCUGAUUACAGGUCAAGCAUGGCAGUUGGUUUUCUUUUUGAGUUCCUAUUUCGGUUCACCGAUGUUUGUCCCACGAUAUCUGGUGGUCUGUUAAACCAAAGUACUUUGGUAGAGGAAGUCUCAAAGAGUAACAAAGACGGUUGUAUUAGUGAAGAGAAAGCUGACACACUUCUAUCAUCUGCUAAGCAAGUCGUGGAAUCGAGUAAAGAGUAUUAUCCGGUGGGUGAACCAAUGAAGAAAUCUGGAGCUUCCUUACAAGCUUCUGGAGAAUCUGUUUAUGUGGACGACAUUCCAUCACCACCAAACUGCCUAUAUGGAGCAUUUAUCUAUAGUACAAGACCAUUAGCAGGGGUAAAGGGCAUCCAUUUUGGGUCUAAUUCAUUACCUGACGGAGUUAGUUGCAUUAUUACUUUUAAAGAUAUCCCGAGCAGAGGAGCAAAUGUAGGAUCUAAGACCAUAUUUGGUCCUGAACCUUUAUUUGCAGAUGAUCUCGCCCGAUAUGCUGGUGACCGAAUUGCUUUUGUGGUUGCUGAAAGUCAGAGGUCUGCUGAUGUGGCCGCAAACAUGGCCGUCGUUGAAUAUGACACUGAAAAUGUAGAUUCACCAAUUUUAACUGUCGAGGAAGCCGUUCAGAAGUCCAGUUUUUUUCAAGUUCCACCAUUUCUAUAUCCGAAAAAAGUUGGUGAUUUCUCAGAAGGAAUGACUGAAGCUGACCACAAGAUCCUCUCUGCUGAGAUGAGACUUGGGUCUCAGUACUAUUUUUAUAUGGAGACACAGACUGCUCUAGCAGUUCCGGAUGAAGAUAACUGUAUGGUUGUCUAUGCGUCAAGUCAGUGCCCCGAGUAUGCAGGUAGUGUAAUUGCUAGUUGUCUUGGUGUCCCCGAGCACAACAUUCGUGUCGUUACAAGAAGGGUUGGAGGUGGCUUUGGAGGCAAGGCGGUGAGAGCAAUGCCUGUCUCCACAGCCUGUGCACUUGCAGCGUUCAAGUUACAACGCCCUGUCCGAAUAUACGUCAACCGAAAGACUGACAUGAUAAUGGCAGGGGGGAGACACCCCAUGAAAAUAACAUACAGUGUUGGAUUUAAGUCAAAUGGGAAAAUCACUGCCUUACAUCUUGAUGUAUUGAUAAAUGCUGGGAUCAUUGAAGAUGUAAGCCCUAUCAUACCGUCGAACUUUAUCGGGGCUCUCAAAAAGUAUGAUUGGGGUGCCUUAUCUUUUGAUAUAAAGGUAUGUAAGACGAACCUUACUAGCAAAUCAGCUAUGCGGGGCCCGGGGGAGGUACAAGGAUCGUAUAUUGCCGAAGCUAUAAUGGAGCAUGUAGCGAGUGUACUGUCUUCGGAGGUGGACUCAAUCAGAAAACAAAAUAUUCAUACAUUUGAAAGUCUUAAAUUAUUCUAUGAGCGCAGUGCAGGAGAUAUAGGAGAUUAUACUUUACCAGGUAUGAUGGAUAGGUUGGCCACAUCGUCAAGUUUCGUUCAAAGAAGUGAGAUGAUAGAACAAUAUAACCAGAAAAGUAUAUGGAAGAAAAGGGGUAUUUCUCGAGUGCCACUUGUUUAUGAAUCUACACAACGACCGACGCCCGGAAAAGUAAGCAUUUUGUCGGACGGAUCAAUAGUUGUUGAGGUCGGAGGUAUUGAAAUCGGCCAAGGUCUAUGGACAAAGGUGAAGCAAAUGACAGCCUAUGGUCUUAGUUUAAUUGAAAGUAGUUGGAGUGAAGAACUUGUGGAGAAAGUACGUGUUAUACAAGCAGACACUCUAAGCUUAGUGCAAGGCGGGUUUACUGCUGGAAGUACUACAUCUGAAUCGAGCUGUGAAGCAGUUAGACUUUGCUGUAAUGUAUUAGUUGAAAGACUGACCCCUCUGAAGAAGACAUUACAAGAAGAAAAUGGUUCUGUUGAUUGGACUACAUUGAUUCGCCAGGCACACAUGCAAGCGGUAAACCUAGCAGCAAACUCUUAUUAUGUGCCGGCAUCCAGUUCCAUGCAAUAUUUAAACUAUGGUGCUGCUGUGAGCGAGGUGGAGAUAGAUAUCCUGACAGGAGAAACAAAAAUUUUGCAGUCUGAUAUUAUAUAUGACUGUGGACAAAGCUUGAACCCAGCUGUUGAUAUGGGACAGAUUGAAGGGGCUUUUGUACAAGGAAUUGGAUUUUUUAUGCUCGAAGAAUAUCUUACAAACACAGACGGGUUGGUCGUUUCAGAUAGUACUUGGACAUACAAGAUCCCAACAAUUGACACAAUACCGAAAAAUUUCAAUGUUCAAGUGCUAAACAGUGGACAUCACGAGAAACGUGUUCUCUCAUCUAAAGCAUCUGGUGAACCGCCGCUACUUCUGGCAUCCUCAGUUCAUUGUGCAACAAGAGCAGCCAUUAAAGCAGCAAGAAAACAACUUAAACUUUGGGGCAAGCUCGACGAGUCUGAUUCGGAAUUCUAUUUGGAAGUUCCUGCCACAUUACCUGUUGUGAAGACACAAUGUGGCCUAGAUUAUGUGGAGAAAUACUUGGAAAGUCUGCGUCAUCAAAAAAUCGGGAACGGCCUUUCUACCUUCUAGGUAGAGGUAAGAUAUGUACAUACUAUCCUCCCCAGAUCCUACUUGUGGGACUGUUGUUGUGUUGUUCUGCUUCAUCACAAAUCUAGCUAAAUGCCCAAAUUCCCAGCUUUUGAAGAGACUCCUUUGUGUCCUGGAUUAUAUGAAGAGAAGAUAUUUUCUUUUAGCUUUUACAAGAACUAGCUUUUGUUCUGUUUUAUGAUAGUACUAGCAAAAUCCAUAAUUCAUGUAUACAAGCCUUUAAAAGGGAAAACUACCUAGUAUAGCCGUUUUCAAAAUAAAAGCCGGUAAAAUGUA